GCUUCCUCCAAUCUUUCAUACUCGCCUACAACCUGCUUAUACCUUCUGUUAUAUCUCAUACUACAAUGGUCCGUCACAAGAAAGACAACUUUUCCCGCGGGGGCAAGAAAUUUUCCAACCCCCGCCCACGACCAGUACCCCGCGACGGCAAAGAGACAGGCUCCUCAAGACCACCAUUUAAAGCCGCGUGCUGGGACCUUGGUCAUUGCGAUCCGAAACGGUGCUCAGGGAAGAGGCUGAUGCACUUCGGAUUGAUGCGAGAGCUGGCUAUAGGGCAGAAGUUUCAAGGGGUUGUUGUAUCGCCUAAUGCGAAGAGAGUCGUCUCCCCCGCGGAUAGAGACUUGCUAGAACAAUAUGGUGCCGCCGUGGUGGAGUGUUCCUGGGUGAGGGUGAAGGAGGUUCCGUGGUCGCGGAUUGGAGGGAAAUGCGAACGGCUCUUACCAUACCUUAUCGCAGCAAACACAGUCAACUACGGAAAGCCAUGGCGAUUAAACUGCGUCGAAGCCCUAGCCGCUUGCUUCUACAUCUGCGGACACGAAGAUUGGGCUCAAGAGGUCCUUAAGCAUUUCCGGUACGGCGAGGCCUUCCUCGAAAUCAACUCGCAACUUUUGAAACGAUAUGCUGCAUGCGAGACAGAAGAGGACGUCAAGCGGACCGAGGAGGAGUGGCUGGCGAAGAUCGAACGAGAAUACGAAGAGAGUAGGGCAAGCGGAGGCGCAGACGACAUGUGGACUGUUGGAAACACGAAUCGAAGAUUACAGCCAGAUUCGGACGAAGACGAAGACAAUGGUGACGAGACGGAUGGAGAAAAGGACGAGGAAGGUGAGGAGGAAGAGGAAGAAGAGAAGGAUCCCUACGCUAUAUCCGACGACUCCGACGAUGAGGACCAGAUGGCCGCCAUUCGUGCGAAGAUUCUUAAUUCAAAAUCAUUCCAGAACCCAUCCGUCCCUGAUAAAGUGCAACCACAAAGAAUUGAGCGACCAGAUACCGGACCACUAGAGGACUCGGAUGCGGUGUCCGGCACAGACGGAAGUGACGACGAGGCUUUUGAUAAUAUCAUUAAUGCCACGCCAGUUACUGAUCGAACGGGCAUUAUAGCCGCCUCAAGACACAAGUCGAAAGACACGUUUAGCGCCUCGUUUUCAAGAACUGUGGUGAACGCGCCUAAGAGGGGGUAG